AGUAACAAAGACAACAACUGAUUCCGAAUUACCUCCUGGACAAAUCGGACAAAGGGUACCGCUCAAAAAGCUGUCUUUAGGUUAUACAAGAGAAGUCACUUAAGCGUUGACGAAGCACGUUGCCCUGAAAGCAUAUUAUAUGGGCACGAUUAAUCAAACCCUAGUAAAGCUUCUAACGAUCUAUAGAGUCUUCGCAGCUUCACUCUGAGCAACAACCCUCGUCGAAAUUUCUCGAUUUAAGAAAGCUACUCAGGUAAACGCUCAAAAGGGUUUAAGAUGAGUUUAAGUAAAGCCAAGGAUUUGAGACUUCCAUUGAUGAAUCUCAUCAGACUCAAAGGAACACCAAUUCUGGAACAGCUUCAUUUAGAAGAGAGGCUUCUUAGAGCAUCCUCUGAUAAUUGGUGUAUUGUUAAUGAUGGAACCAAUGUCCCCACCAUUGUCAUGGGAAUGUCAGGAAAGCCUUCUCAACUUCUUGAGCUUGGACCUGUUAUAAAAGAUCGAAUCCCGGUGAUCAAAAGAUUCACGGGAGGUGGGACUGUGAUUGUGGACAAGAGUAUUCUCUUUGUGAGUUUGAUUUGCAACAAGGAUGAUGUUCCAGGUGUCCAGCCUUAUCCUCGUUCUGUCAUGGCGUGGAGUGGUUCCUUGUAUGGUGAAGUGUUUGGAGGUGUUAAUGGUUUCCAACUACGUGAGAACGGUAUGUGUGAAACUCUUUUUUAG